ACAACGCCAGAGAUAAUAGCAAACACUUGUUAUAGUCCACUGAGUUGUGUCAGCUCAUAAGGAAGGAGAUCCAGAUGUUACCAGGCUUCUUUGUGAGCACUGGAUCCAUGCUGAUUUACAUAUUAGACGGGGAAUAUCUGACUGGGCGCUGUGACCUCGUGCUUUCAUUGUGUGUCUGACAUCACAUGAGAAAUGAAGCGCGCAGGAGCUCAGCGUGCAGAACUCUGUGAGAGCAGCGAGAGAAGAAGCACUGCACGCCAACACAUGACAAACCACCGGGGUUAAACACCAGACGGGAUCCGUGUUCAUCAUCAUGGGGAUGGACCGGCGGCGGAGAGCUUCGCUCGCGCUCACCUUGAACUUCUUCGCGCUGAUCCUCGCCAUAUCCGCGCUGACCACCAGCUACUGGUGCGAGGGGAACCGGAAAGUUGUCAAGCCCUUCUGUACCGGACCGGUGACCGUCAAACAGACGCACUGCAUUAGAUACAACAGCUCGAACAUCAACGACAGCCGGCUGGUUCAGUAUAUCUGGGAGACCGGCGAGGAUAAGUUUGUUCUGAGGAAGUUCCACACCGGGAUCUGGUUCUCCUGCGAGCAGAACGUCGACCUUGUCGGUGAGAAAUGUAGAAGCUUCAUAAACGUGGCUCCUCCUCAUGAGAGAGGUGUUUUGUGGCUCUGCAUCGUAGCCGAGUGUCUCUACAUCUUACUGCUGGCCACCGGAGGAAUCCUCAUGUCCAUCGAGGUCUGCCAUUUUGGAAACGUCAUCGAUGGACUGAAACUGAAUGCCUUUGCUGCCAUAUUCACAGUCCUGUCAGGUCUUCUCGGUAUGGUAGCACACAUGAUGUUCACCACAGCGUUCCAGCUGACCGUCAGUCUGGGCCCGGAGGACUGGAAGCCACAGAACUGGGACUACAGCUGGUCUUACAUCUUGGCUUGGAGCUCCUUCACCGCCUGCAUGGCCUCCUCCGUCACCACCAUCAACAGAUACACUAAGACUAUUCUGGAGUUCAAACACAAGCGAAGGAACAUUGAGAAGAACCUGAAGAUCAAGCAGAAGCUGCUGGACCUGGACUCUCCGGACCAGGUGUGGGACAUGUACAUCAGCUCCGUCCCCAGCACGGCCGAGGAGUUUCUGGACCUGUCCAGUUCUGGACGCAAGCUCUCCGCCAACUCAGUCUUCCUGGACCUCAACGACCUGCCGUCUCCACAAGGAGAGGAGUACUGCUGAAGCCGGUCAUCAUCUACAUCACGCUCUUCUAGUGUCAUUCACAGACUCUGACAGCCGUGGAAGCUUUGAUUGGAGGUGAUGGCGUUGAGAUUAUAUAACUGUUGCAUAAUGUUUGGUUUGAUGUUGUGCUGUUGUCUGAAGGUGACGCUGUGAGUUUUAGUUUGUUGUUAAUGUGCUGCUGACAUUGUAUGCGUAAAACGUAUUCUGGAACCAGACCUGCGAUGAAUGAACGACUUUCCUCAAUCCUAGAGAAUAAAAUGUGACACAAGGCAUUUUUAAAAACUAACCAUUGAAAUUGCAUUAGAAAUAUUCCCAUUUUCUAAGAGCCACCUCACUCAUUCAGUAGGAAAAAAAAGUAUUUUUGUGAAAACUGCCUGUUGCUUUAGAUUUUCCCUCUGCUGUAUUAUGAAGUCAUUUUCAAAUCAAUCCUGAGGGUCUUUUUUUCUAGAUCGCUUCUAAUGAGACACAAAUUACAUUGCUGAGUGCCUUUGUUUGUUCUAUCGAUCUUGGUUCUUUAACCGUAGCAUGCGAAAUCCUGGAACUGUUUAUUUUAUAGCCUAUUUGAUCAUCCAUAAUAAUCUCAACACAUAUCAAAUUAUGUAAGUAUUGCUAUUUCAUUUAGCUCUGUUUUAUUAACUCAUCAGCUCUAAAAUAUAAAUGGAAAAUUUAGUUUUUAAUUGUUAAUCAUUUUGCGUUCUGUAGAGUGCAAAGAUCUAUAUGUGUCUGUGAAAAGAACAAGAAUUUAAUUCUAGAUUAAAGCGUGUGCAAAUGUUUGGGAUAAAAGAAGUGACUUUACUGUGGGACGCGGUGUUGUUCUGUUUAGGAUGGAAGAACAUGAUUCAUGAGGUCAAGUUACUUAAAUUCCUUAAGAUUAAAUCACUUAUCAAUUUAUCCAUUCAUUUAUGAACCGUCUAAAGAGUCUUUGUACUGCCAAAAUAAACUGUUUACAUUGUAUGUGCAAUAAUGAAUGAAACAUAUACAUUAGAUCAAUUAUACUUUUUUACAAUAAUGUACACUGACCAACUCCUUCUAGACUAAAGGUGUAAAAUGCAUGUCAGCGUAUGUCAGAUUGGUCAUGUUUAAUUUGAUAUUUUGUGUUCUCUCAUAAGUGAGCUGUUUGCUUUGGUAGCUUGUUGUUUUUAUUCACUGGAUUCCUUUGACUUUAUGUUGAUGAAAUGUGUAUUAAGUCUUCUACAAAAAGUAAUAACUAUAUUAAAUCAAUGCAUUAUAAUAAUAAUGAUAAUAAUAAAGACAACCUUUAU